GCCGCGACACAGAGACGGACCGUGACGAGCGGCGCGGCCAUGCAGCAGAGGAGGAGGAUGACAGCUCCGGAAACGACUCCGUGGAUGAAGACUUUCAGGCGAUGCGCAAGGCGCUGAAGGUUUCCAGCCAGAAGAUGGCGGAGGAGGCCCCUGCGGAGUCCCGCAAGCCUUUGGCUGCACAGAUUUUCAAGCCCGCAGCUGCAUUGGUCGGGCCCAGUUCAACUGGCACCACAGCUGCUGGGAAAGCGCCAGCGACCCACCCAACAGGUGGCUUCGUCCGCCUCGAGCUCGUAGAGAGCAGCGAGGACGACGCGGAUGCCGACGACGAGGGCGAGGAAGAGUCCGAUGCCAGCUCCGAAGACGAACAGGACUCGCACCUUCGUCUCCUAAAUCGACUGCAGAGCUCGGCUCCGGAAGGGAACUGCUCGUGGGAUGUCUGGCUCGAGGUGCUUCGAGGAUGGCCGCAGCUGAAGGUGAAGUUGAACUCCCCUGACUUUGCACGCAAGGGCAACGACUUGCGGGUGAAGUUUGAUGUGGACCUUCUCAAGUCCAUCAUCGAAGAG